AUGUUGCACUUGGUCUUGAUGCCGGUAGGGUCAGGCAACACGGUGACGCCGUCAGCGUCGUGGAGCCCGUCAGCGUCCGACUACCUCCUCGGUUUUCUCCUCAUCUUUAUGAUCUACAUGCCGCUUACGAUCGGACUCUUCUAUGCGCGGCGCGACCUGCCCUCGAUUCGGUAUCGAAAUCCAAUACAAAUGACGAUAUGUGGUGUCAUGGCGACGAUCUACUGCUACAUUGAUCUGCUCUUUGUCCUGCUCGGGUCGGCCCUCGACUGCGGGUUGUACUUGAGCCUCGUCAACGGGCUCUUUCACUUUACGACCUUUGGCGUCUUCCUCUCCGAGGUUGCGGUCGUGGCGACUUUUUAUCUCACGGAGCUUCUCGUGCAAAUCCACACGGAAGGCCACACUCCCCAGCAAGCGCGGCUUCUGCACAUCGCCCUGCAGUCGCGCACACUCACGGUCGUCUGGGUCCUCGGCCAUGGCCUCUGGAGUGCGCCGUCGCUGGGCUUGCUCUACUCGUUUGCGGAUGCGUUGGCAAAUGCGACGGUCGCCGAGUGCCCCGCGGUGCCGCAGACCGCCACGAAAGCGUUGGGCCUCGUGCAGCUCGGCCUUCUACUCUGCCUCGGCGGUAUCGCGACGUACUUUGUGAGCAAUUUGGUCGACAACUUUGGGCUACGGGCGUCCUACCUGCACGCGCACAAGCUGUGGUGCGUCUGUUACAUCGGGUCGAUCGGCCUCUUUGUCUUCCGCGACAACGACGUCGUCCUCAACUACAAGCUCGACCCAGCCCUCUCGGCGAUCGGCGUCCAGUCCAUUGUCUUUGUGUACAUUUUACGGCCGCUCCUACUCAGCUUCAAGGAAAAGCGACACACGCCGCUCGCACGCCUCAAUGGCUCGGAGAAGCUCCUUGAAACGUACUUGCUCACGUCAACGGGCUACGCGGCGUUCAGCGCCUUCUGUCGGCAAGAAUGCGUUUACGACCAACUCGUCGUGUGGCGCGCGACCGUGCAUUACCAGGAGGACGAGAGCGACGAGAGCGACCCGCGGUAUGUGUACCGGCGGUACUUGCGCCAUGACGCACCGCUGCCGCUGCGGCGCAUGAGUGCACGCCUCAAGGACCUUUAUUUUGGCUUGUUUGAAGCCAACCGCAAGUACCACGUCGACGUGGCCGACCAAGACAUUGAGCGCGUCUGGUUUGUGCCACUGCGCGAAGAGCUUCUGCGAGGCCUCGUGGCCGACGUUCUCCCGCACUUCCAGGUGGACGCGCUCGGCGCGGAUUGGGCGAGCUUUCUCCAUCGCGAGCAAGCGACACAGGCGCUCGAUUUGGUGCUCAAGCAAGUCGACGACAAGCCCGAAGAGGUCGAGAAGGUGCUUGCGCCGCAGAAGAAGCACCGACGGUCGACGCUCAAGACCUUUCCAGUGCUGCCCACGAUCCAAAGCGGCUGCGAGUUCGAGUCGCCGCGACCCCACAACAGCAACGAGUCGUCGUAG